UUUCCUUUCUCUGAAUUCAGGCGCUAGAUAGGGAAUGAGAGGGCUGAGUGCAGAGAGACAGCGAGAGAGACAGCGAGAGAGACAGGCGCAGAGCUUUGCAGGUACCAAUACAAUGAAUUAUCUGGAAGACACAUCUCCGUGCCCUCUAAGUGAGGAGGAGAGCAGACUGGCCUAUGGAGCGAAGCAGAGAGCCUUGGAUAUUCUAGUUGAUGCCCUGAGGAAACAGGACAGUGUUUUGGUGGAGAAUGCAGGGGAAUAUGGUCAUUCUGUGGGACGGCGCCCGUCUCUCUCCCCUCACCUGGUGCUCAGUCUGAGGGCUGAACUGGAGCGAGUGACUUUCGUCAAAGUGGCCCACCCAUUCUAUGCCAUUUGUUACAUCUACCCCAGAUCACAUGAGAGGAUAAUAUAUCUGGGCCCCCGAUUCUGGAAACAAGGGCAGUUCCUAGGGGCAGAUUCCCGGCCUGGGUUACUGAUCAAAAAGGCGGCGCAGUUUCUGCUUCACCAAAUUCCCGGCGCGGUGCCGGCGGAACAUGGUACAGUCGUGCAAGGGCAACGCCAUGAAGCGCUUUCAGCCAAUCAGAUUCGCAGGGAGUUUGAAAGGGUCUUGAAACAUCGGGGAAUUUACACAGGGCACUUCUACUUAUGCUGCGGGGAAACAGCCCGGGAUUCGGUUUGUGAGGAUUCUUUUUACAGUUCCAGACCAUGGUUACUGAGUGAGGAAGAGUGGGGAAUGGCAGAGGAAGCAAAGCAGAGAACCCUGAGGAUUCUAUUUGAUGCUCUGGAGAAGAAGGACUGUCUCUUAGUGGAGAAUCCUGAGGAUUUUGUUGGCGUUCAAAGACUGAGAAAUUGCCCCCUGAUCCCCAUCUGCUUGGUGCAAGAUCUGAUCAGUAAUCUUGUGAGUGUUAGAUUUAGGAGGGGACACGGUGUAAAUAUUGUUCUGGAAUAUUUAGGCAACAUUAUUAUUUAUCUGAGCCCCCAGUUUUGGCAACAAAAGGAGAUGUUGGAGUGCGGGUCCCGCCCUGGAACCCUCAUUCUGGAACUGUCCGAGUUUCUGGGGUAUAAACGAUGCUGGAAGGGACCUGAAGAGGCAGAUGAGGUUGUUCAAGAACAGCCACAUAAUUUCCCACUUACGGCUUAUAGUAUCUGCUGGGUAUUUGAAACCUGGAUGAGCCACGCAGGGUCCUACUCUGGGACCUAUUCCUGCUGCGGGGAGAAGGCGAGGGAUUCUGUGUGUGCUCUCUCUCACCUGAGCGUCUGUUUGAAUGAUAUAACCCCGCCCCCUCUAACACCUUAAAGAACAUCAGAAUCAUCUUCCAUCUAUAGUGGUCACAUAUACAGUAAUGGUUCCCUGUACAGUAGUGGUUCCAUGUACAGUGGUCACAUAUACAGUAAUGGUUCCAUGUACAGUAGUGGUUCCAUGUACAGUGGUCACAUGUCAUCAGUAGUAGGAAAGCAUUUGGAAGGGGUAAUAAGGGAUAGGAUAGUUGAAUACAUUGCAGUUCACAAU